CACACAACCAAAUACAAAAAAGCAAAAAAAAAAAAAAAAGUAUUGUGGCCAUCGUCUCUUCACCGGUACGCAUCAUUUCACUAUGUUUUAAUUUUUAUCCCCCAAUUUCAUCCACCCAAACCACCACUCUGUUUCUCCAAAUUCAUCACUCAGAUCAGAUCCCCUUAAUUUCACAUCCAAUUCAAGAAGUUUUCAACCACAAAUUCUGUUUCAUGGGGGGUGUGACGUCAUCAAUGGCGUCCAAGCUGGCGUUUUUCCCACCAAACCCACCUUUUUACAAGGUGGUUACAGAGAAAUCAAGUGGGUUGUUGCUGUUAGACAGGUUCCCGCACCGUGAAAACGUCGACGUUUUGAAGCUUCCUACUCGUCGCGGGAAUAAGAUUGUGGCUGUGUACGUUCGGUACCCGAUGGCUACCCGUACUCUGCUUUAUUCACAUGGGAAUGCUGCUGAUAUUGGUCAGAUGUAUGAACUGUUUAUUGAUUUGAGCAUUCAUCUCAAAGUUAAUCUCAUGGGGUAUGAUUACUCUGGAUAUGGACAGUCUUCUGGAAAGCCGAGUGAGCAUAACACGUAUGCAGACAUUGAAGCUGCGUAUAAGUGUCUGGAAGAGAGCUAUAAUACGAAACAAGAAGAUAUUAUCCUCUACGGUCAAUCUGUCGGGAGUGGGCCCACCGUGUAUUUGGCUGCUCGUUUACCUCGAUUACGAGCUGUUGUUUUACAUAGUCCUAUAUUAUCGGGCCUCAGAGUCAUGUACCCUGUUAAGCACACAUACUGGUUUGACAUUUAUAAGAACAUUGAUAAAAUUCCAUUUGUCAAGUGCCCUGUUCUUGUCAUCCAUGGAACUUCUGAUGAGGUGGUCGAUUGUUCUCACGGGAAACAACUCUGGGAACUAUGCCAAGAGAAAUACGAACCGCUAUGGAUCAAAGGCGGAAAACACUGCAACCUAGAGCUCUUUCCAGAAUACAUCAAACACCUCAAGAAAUUCAUAUCCGCCGUCGAAAAACCACCAUCAUCACGAAGAAACUACCACCCGAGGAAAAGUGUCGACCAGUCCACCACCACACAUCGCCACCAUUCCAGUAGGCGAAAGAGUACCGAUUGUUUUGAAGCCCCAAGGAAAAGCACAAGCAAGAAAGAGAAUUUGGAUUUUAUUAACGAACUCGAACCCUUUGCUUUGAGGUUCGAAAUGAAUGAUGACAAAAUUGGAAAGUUGAGAAUACCUUAUGAGCAUAUGGAGAGGUCUCGAAGGAGCGUGGAGUACGUUGAAAAACCGAGAACUAGUAUUGAUAUGAAACCCGAGUGGCCCCGUAUGAGUGUGGAUUGUAUUGAUAGAAUUCGAAACUAGUUAUACAAAGAUUUGUGAAAAUUACAGAAUGUGUAGAGGGAAAGGAGGGUGCUGGUUUAAUUUGUGUUUCUUUUUUUUUUUUUUUUUUUUCUUGAAAGUUUUAGUUGGAUCUUGAUGAAAGUUUGAGAUGUAUGAACUCAUGUUUAGGGAUCUUAAUAACCUUUUUAUUUGCAAACUAA